AUGGCUUCCUGAAUGGGCUGCUGGAACACAGACGAGAGAGAGAGACCGAGGAAGAAGAGUGGAGAGAGGGAGAGAGAAGAAAGGGAGAGAGAGGGAUAGAGGUGAAGACAAGAGGGAGUCUUCUGAUGGGGAUUCGGCCAGCGGACGGCGGAGUAAAAACCAAGGCAGCUCAGAGGCUUGGAGGGUGGAGUAUUUUGAAGACAACCAACGAGGCAGCUUGGGAAACCCUGAACCUGCAGCGGAGACUGUUCGCAAAGUCACUUCAGUGGAUGGCCCCAGAAGUGGAGGCCAGAUGGAAAUUGGGUCACAUGACCGCCUCCAGGAAGGCGCGCUGAGCCUGGAACUGGCCAAUGGGGUGAACCGCUUCCCCAAUGAUGAAGCCUCAUCUAUGGAAACAGAUCAGCAGAGGGCAGGGAGUGUGCCUCCUAGGCAGUGCUGGGUGUCAGGACAUGGAAAGGUCAGUGACACCCAACAACAAUGUUGGAACAGCAGCAGCGGUCCCACCCCUGGUGAACCUGUCCACCACGCAAACAUGGAGGACGCCCACAACCUGGUGGCUUUCUCUGCUAUAGCCGGCUCCCUGCCUCCUUCUUCCUCCUCCUCCUGCCCCGUGCAGCCUAACACAGGCCAGCUCUAUGAGAAGUUCACCAAAGAGGUGGGUGCUGAUGGAGUUCAGGCCAAACCUGAGGGAAGCUGCCAAACUCCAGAAGACUUGAACACUCUCCAGUCAGCACUGAGCCAAGCUAAGCAUGGACACAAGCCCCCCAACUGCAACUGUGAUGGGCCUGACUGUCCAGACUACCUUGAGUGGCUGGAGAAGAAGAUUAAGUUGGCCAAUAGUGGGGAUCAAGGUGGCUGCAAGACGGCGGAUGCUCCCCCACACGUACACCCUCAUCUGCAGCAUCCCCAUUUGCAGCAUCACCCUCAGCCCUACCCCCAGAUGAAUGGUGGCCACCGUCUGUCUUCUCCCUAUCCCCAGCAGCAGGGAUCUCAAGGCCCUCACUCAGUCCAUAUGCCCUGCCCCAAACCACCAAUUCCCUGCUCUCCCCAGGUGCUCUCCAUAGCCAAGGAAAAGAACGUCAGUCUUCAGACAGCCAUCGCAAUAGAAGCUCUGACGCAGUUAUCUGGUACUGGUCCACAAGCUGCCGGCUCUCCCUACAACAGUAACCUCCAUCACCACCAACAUACCCACAACCUCCAAUCUCAACCCCCCAAUGGCACUAGCGUGAUCCCGUCCUCUCCCGGCCCCCAAUCAUCCUCCUCACGCUCUCAAUCCGUCCCUCCAGGACUACACAACAUCCAGCAGGCCCCAGGGUCCUGCGAGCACCACAGGCCCCAUUCCCAGGGCCAGCCACCCCAUGCUUCCCCUCUCCCGUCCUCUACCUCUCCUUUCCCAGGUCAGGGAAAACAUCCAGGCUUCAGCCCUAAUCCCCAGCAGUGGCAGCAGGGUGCAGGUAGAGGCUCUGAACAGAGGAACUCGUGGAUGUGUGUUAAAUCUGAGCCCCAGUCUCACUACGCUGCCGCGCCUCACAGCAGCUCAGACCCCAUGUCAGAGCUCAAACAGCUGCUUGGUGACACCAGCAGCAAGUUUAGCAAUUUCAAGCUUCCAGUCCCACAGCAGCUGAAUCAGAAUGGAGGUGUCCAGGUCCAGGACAACCCAGCAUUGGCCAGGAUAAAGCAAGAACCGGACUCUGGUGAGCACUACCAUCACACUGCCUCCAUGGGGCAUUACGGCAUGGCUAAUGGUCAGCAGCUGGGUCAGCACUACCCUGGCGGUCCUCUAUCUCCUGGCCAGGCAGCCAUCCGCCACUCCACUCAGGCAGCUCUGCAACAGCACCUUCACUACAAGAGGAACCUCUUCUCUAACCACUCCCCUGUCUUUGGAGCACCAGGCCCUCGUGCACCUAUGGCUUGUCAAAACUUGAAAAAAUGGUGGCCACAGAUGGAGGCAGAAGGGUUGCCACAUCUGCCCAUCAAACAGGAACCCAAGGAACCCAAGAGGAGAAAAAGCAGCCAAGGUUCUCCUGUUGUUAAAGCUACGAGCGGGAUGCUUGCAGUCCCUCCUCUGCCCAAACCCAAGCCGAUAAUCAUCAAGAAGACCAAGCAGAAAGCCUCCCUGCCAACCUUCCUGCCUCAGAAUCAGAUCACCGUACAAAAACCAUCAGUCCUCGCGAUGGACAGAGCCGCAGCCCUGGCCGGCCUGCUACCCUCUCUACCCAUCCACAGUAACUCCACUCAGGCUGCUGCUGCAGGCCUCCCUGCCCCAGCCCAAUCUCAGGUAUCCAUUUCCAGCUCCUCAAUGACUCCCUCUUCCACUGUUUCUGCUUUGUCUGAAAACACUCCAGUCCUCAUGGGCCACAUUCUCCCAUCUGUGGCCCUGUUUCCUAAAUCAGAUGGAGUGGGCAUCUUGGCCUCCAGUAACACCAGCACCACCACACCUGUGACCUCCACAUCUCCAUCCUGCACUUCACAAUUACCGAGUGUCAUGAACAUAGACCCCAAGUAUGAAGAACUGAUCCGGCAGUUUGAGGCUGAAUUUGGGGACUCGGCCUCAGACGCACCUGCCACUCAGUCCAUGGAGAUGUCUACAGACCCUCAGCCGCUGAACCGGUCCCAGACAAGUUCUCAGGACCUCAGUCCCACAUCAUCGACUCCCUUAAUUCACAACUCUCAAACCAGCUCCACACCUCAUCCAGACGAUCGGGAGAUGGAAGUCAACAAGUCAGGGACCCAAAGUGAAGCAACCAUGCAUAAGGCACCUACAGAAAGCCCUAUGGUGGAUAACAAUCAGCACCAGGAGGCCAGGAGACUUGAGGAUAUGUUCAGCAUGCCGUGUUCUUCGCUGCCCAAGCGUAUGAAGAUCGAAUCCUCGGGGGAUAUAACAGUACUUUCCACCACAUGCUACUCUGAGGAGGACACGCCAACUAAGGACGGACUGCUGUCCUCUCCGUCUCUCAGAGGAUUCCUAGAGUCUCCUCUGCGGUACCUGGAUACCCCAACCAAGAGCUUGCUGGAUACUCCUUCCAAGGAUCUACAGGCAGAGUUCCCCGUCUGCACUUGUGUCGAACAAAUCCUCGAGAAAGAUGAAGGGCCGUACUACAAUCACCUGGGAUCUGGACCUACUGUAGCUUCAAUAAGAGAUCUGAUGGAGACAAGGUACGGAGAGAAAGGAGAUGCCGUCCGGGUCGAGAAGGUGGUUUACACAGGCCGAGAGGGGAAGAGCUCACAUGGAUGUCCUAUUGCUAAAUGGGUGAUUCGUCGUAGCGGUGAGACGGAGAAGCUGCUGUGUUUGGUGCGUCACCGUGCCGGACACCACUGUGAGAACGCCCACAUCAUCAUCCUCAUCAUGGCGUGGGAGGGGGUGCAGCGGGGUCUCGCUGACCAGCUGUACCAGGAGCUCAGCAACACCCUCACUCAGUACGGAAAUGCCACCAGCCGGCGCUGCGGCCUCAACGACGAUCGGACCUGUGCGUGUCAGGGUAAAGACAUGGAGACCUGCGGCGCUUCCUUCUCCUUCGGGUGCUCCUGGAGUAUGUACUUCAACGGCUGCAAGUACGCCCGCAGCAAAACCCCGCGCAAGUUCAGGCUGCAAGGAGAGCGCCCUGAACAGGAGGACAAACUGGGGCUUAACCUUCAGCACCUGGCGACAGAACUGGCUCCUCUGUACAAGCAGCUGGCUCCGCAGGCAUACAGCAACCAGUGCCUGACAGAGUCCAAGGCUCCAGAGUGCCGGCUGGGACUGAAGGAAGGCCGGCCGUUCUCCGGAGUCACCGCGUGCAUGGACUUCUGUGCACACGCUCACAAGGACCAGCACAACCUGUACAACGGCUGCACAGUGGUGUGUACGUUGACGAAGGAGGACAACCGCGCGGUGAAGGGUGUCCCUGAGGACGAGCAGCUGCACGUGUUGCCUCUCUACAGGAUCUCUCCCACGGACGAGUUUGGCAGCGAGGAGGGGCAGCGGAUGAAGAUGAAGACGGGAGCCAUCCACAUGCUGCAGGCUUUCCCACGACCGGUGCGCAAACUGCCCGAACCGGCCAAGUCCUGCCGACAGCGCCGCCUGGAGGCCAAGAAGGCAAACUCAGAGAAGAAGAAGAACAAACUCCUGCAGCAGGCGGGGGAGACGCCGGAGAAAACCGUGGUGAAGACAGAGGUCUGCGUCACGGGGUCCCCUCACCCCCCAGGCAAUAAAGCAAUUAUAAAACAAGAGGUGAAGCCCAACAUCAAGAAGGAGCCCUUCAACGGAUCAAUGGAUGGAUACCCUGUGCAGGCAGCAGACCCCUUCAACAGCAGGUACCCCCACCCUGCCUACUAUGCAAGGGGAGGCCCCCCCCCCACCGGCCAGCCCUCUGCACUCGACCCCGUCAACGGUUUCCACCCCAAUCUGCCCGCAAUGCACUAUGGCUACUACAACUACCCCCCCAAUGCACUUUUCCGCCCCAAGCUGAGGACCUACGAGGGUCGAAACGGCUCUUUGCCCAAACAAGGCGGCACUCCUGUCCCGGUGGACACUAAGCCGGAUGUUCAGAGUCUCCAGGCCCGGCUGGCGCAGUCCUACCCGAACCCCCCCGAGCUCGCCAACCACCCGAACCACAGCGCUUACAUCCAGCCUGCGGACUACACCCAGUCCCGCCCCUCCUCCGUCUGCUCCGACUCCUCCAACAGAGGCACGCCGCUCAUCAAACAGGAGCCUAUGGACAUGCCGGUGUAUGAGAACCCGAUGCAGAGCCAGGCUAACACACCGAGCACCACCCCCCAGCCGGCCCCCUGGCCUGGGCACAAGCUCAAUGGGAGGAUCGCCCCCGAGGCCUCGCUGAUGACCCCCGACAAGCAGCAGCCGUUCCCCCAGCAGUGGACGUCCUACCCCGGCUUAAACCCCCGGAUGGCAUCCCCUGCCCCGUCGCCAUCACUCCAGAUACCCCCCUCUCCAUCUCCGUCCCCUCAUCUCGUCCCAGCACUCCCGGGUAACAUCCACCAGGGGUCUCCCCGUCCGGGAACACCUCAGCACUGGCCCAGCCCGGCCCCCAGCCCUCAGCCCAACCCGUGGGCCAUGGGGCCGGCGUUCAUCCCCGGUUUGAAGCACAGCAACCCCGCAGGAGCUUACCCCGACAAGAUCUGGUCCAAGACGGGGGAGAGUCGGUGUCCCACUCCCCUCGGGCUGCAGGAGAAAUCGUGGAAGUCGUGCGGAGGUUCGCUGGCGGGCAGCACGCCGUCCCCCGCCCCCGAGGGCCGCCUUUUCCCCGACGCCCUGCAGCAGUCGGAUCAGGCGUGCUGGAACCCCGGCCGCGCAGAGAGCGACGCCGAGAGCAACAAGGGCCGCGAGGAGGACGAGUGGUCCGACAGCGAGCACAACUUCCUGGACAACAACAUCGGGGGUGUGGCGGUCGCCCCGACCCACGGCUCCAUCCUGAUCGAGUGCGCUCGGCGGGAGCUGCACGCCACCACUCCGCUCAAAAAGCCCGAUCGCUCCCACCCCACGCGCAUCUCCCUGGUCUUCUACCAGCACAAGAACCUGAACCAGCCCAACCACGGCCUGGCCAUCUGGGAGACCAAGAUGAAGCUGCUGGCGGAGCGGGCGCGGCAGCGGCAGCAGGAGGGCGCGCUGCUCGGCCUCUCGCAGGAGGAGAUCAAGGCGCUCUCGAAGAAGCGCAAGUGGGGGACGACGGCGGCCGGCGCCAGCCCAGGACCGGGACAAUCUAAAGACAAGAGGGAGGGGCCGGUGACGCGGUUAGCCCCCACUUGCCACACCUCCUCCAUGGUGACUGUGUCUCCCUAUGCCUUCACCCGCCUCACUGGGCCCUACAGCCACUUUGUCUGAGGGCGGACGUUCACACACACUGACGGUGGAGCAGCGCAGGGUGGAUGAAUGUCUCUCAGCCGUCCUGCAGUCUGGCAUCUCCCCCCCCCCUUCACAGUCCACUUGGAGGAGGGGAUGUUUUUAUUGUUUUUUACCUCAUGUCAGGCAGGUGUUUCCGACACGCUGCCUGUGGUGCUCUGCCUCUCUCGUCCCCGGAGAGGAACUCCAUUUGCUUUUUCUUGUUCAUAGAAUUUUAAUGAUUCGAAUUAUUGCUAUUAUUAUCAAUAUUAUUAUGAUUGCUAUUGUUACUGUCAAUGUUGUUAUUACAGGUAUUAUUAUAAUGAAGACUUGUUUUUUUUUAUUAUUGCUGUUUUCAUUAAUGUUAUUAUUAAUGAUGUGAUUGUUUGUUUUUUUUGGUUAUGUAUUUUUUUAAAUCAAUCAGUCUGAGUCCGUCAGACAUUUGCUUUUUCUGUGUUUGGAAAACGUGUAACCUUUUGUCUCUGUUUCCGAUUUGUCUUGGUUCUUGUCAAACUUCCAGCUGUACCUAGAGGAGGAGACACGAUCUGCCUAGCAAGAAACGCGCAAAGUAAUCAUCCGUACAUAUGUGUACAAAGCCUUAGAUACCUAUCAGAUACGUAUCUUUGAAUUCAAGGCAGUUUAGACUUCGAUAAAAGAUCAUUGCAAUUGUUAUCAACUUCCCUACUGUGUUUAAUAUUCAAAUGUCAUUACCUGGAAUGAUUCAGUGCACCAGCAGCACUUUUGUCGAAUACAUUAUAUUAUAUUUGCUAUUACCUGGCACUUGCAAAUACUUUAUCUUGGUAUUUGCUUCAAAUUUUCACCAUUUCCAUUUUCCUAGCAUAAUGUGCAACAAGAACAUGUUCUGUUGUUGUCUGAUCAAUAGAAGUGGUUUCUGCUGUCAAAGCAGUGUAGUGGAAAUAACAGUUGUAUUUGCACAAACAAUUGGACUUUAAUGUUGACCUUUUUGAUGUGGUCGCAGUAAGAAGUAGGACACAUGAAAAGGCUGCGUCUUUGAUGUUCGAGCUGAAGAGCAGCGCUUGGUUUUGCUGUUGAUCCCCUAGCACUCUAAAACAAGUCAAUCUAAAUCAAGCACUGCCAUGCAAAAACAAGGAAACAAUGCCCAGGUUAGAACAAUUGACAUUUGAACCCAAAUUCGGACAGAAAGUUGCUGCUUGACUUGCCGUUAGAUGACGUGCUCCUCCUCUUCUACACCCCUCCAGCUUUUUCCGACUGGUGCUCAACUUCCAGCUCUGAUCGAUUCUCAUUCCUUCGGCUACUCUUCAUGGCACUUGAUGCUGUGCUUCGGUGCUCUGACUCUAAUCUGGCUCAAAUAGCGUUGGCAAGUGAAUUGAUUUUGCCCAGAGGCAGAGUGAUGAUGUAAUGCUUCGAGACAUUUGUCAUUUGUGCAAAGUCGUCGUUUGCUUGCCAUUUGUUCCUGUCACUUUACACAUCUGUUGCCCCACAGAGGCUGAAAUAAGUGACACCUUUUAGCAAAUGCCACUUGACCCAGAUCUGCAACUUCUACCGCACAGAGACAGAACUGGUGGCACACGUUUUCUUCCUAUUACAUUCAAGUAGUGGUGAGCAUCUCUCUGUGUAAGCUCUAGAGGGCAGCAGUGUCAAAGCGGUGUGUACAAACAUCCUGCAAGUACCAUUCGAGCCUUGCAUUGCUGCUUUACCCAUCCACCGCCAGCAGGGGGGGGGGGGUCUCGCUCCCUUCCUGCUGACCGUGCAUGGGCCUUUGAAAUGCAGCUAGAGGUAAAAGUUGUCCACUUGUGGCACAAAUGUGAAUAACGUCUAGAGAUGCCCCUCCUGGGUUUGCUUCAGACCUGAUAGUGGUGCUCCUACACACUCUGGUGCUCUCCUAUCAAACUUGAUUUACUGUGAAGGGCCUUCCCUCUGCAUGGUGCUGUCAUCUUCGAGCAGAGGGGGGGGGGGGGGGGGGGGGAGUGGGUGCGUCCUUCAGCAGGCACCACAGAGCCUGUUAAUCAAAGUGGGAGUCUCUGGUUUAUUUUGAGGUGCUUUUAUGCAGUCUAUUAUGGCUGAGAAAAAUCAUUUGGUGCAUAAGUAGUAAACCAUUGACAGAGCAAUAGAAAGAGCUCAAAGGAAACCUUGGAAACAAACGACUGUCGCUUCUAGGAGUUGGCGCCAAGUGCAUUGAAUCUGAAAAUGACUCAAAUGCCAGGGUGCGUGGGAGAGAAAAGCCAAAGAGAGAGACUACCUGAUGGAUAGAAUCACUCCUUUUAGAUUUCAGGCAGCAACCACGUGAUCCAUUUGAAUUCAAACGGUCACAUGGUUGACUUGCAAUGAAAGUGAGCGAGUAAUAGAUUUGGGAACAGGCUAACUCCUGGAUGCUGGGGGGGGGCGGUGUUACCUCUCUGAGCGUCUCCAGCUCUGUCCUCUCUGCAGAGACACCGGUCACAAUCACAACGUGCUACUGAGGGCCGAGACACACUCAUUUGAAACCUCCUUUUUUUAUUUUGUACUCUUAUUUAUUACUACAUGGUGAUGAUGAUAAUGAUUGUCUUUGAUGUUUUUUUUUUCGUCUUUGUUUUUUUAUAUAGCUAAUACAAAUUGUACAUAGAGAAGAAAAGAUUUAUAAAAGCACUUUUAAUCUUGAUUUUAAUGACGAAAAGAAAGAGCCGAUUAUUGACAACUUGAAGCUUAGUUUUUUUGUUCUUUUGUUUUUUUUCUCAAGAGAGAGAUAAAAAUGUAAAUAUUAAAAUAUUUAGGUAAGAUUAUUUAACUGGUGAGGAUAGUAACUAAACCAUGAAUGACAGGGGGGUAUUUUGAAGUCUCUGACAGCCCUCAACAACAGUGAGCAACACGUGUGUUGUGUGUAAAUGUGUGCUUAGUAACACUGCUGUUUGCUUUCCUUAGUACUGUACCCCUCGUCAGCAUGUCGACUGACAGAGACCCCUCCCUCUAUCAAACUAACUCAUAACCUAGCAUGAAACUACACUUCACUUGAAACAACUGGAGGUUCCCCCCAUAGUGACCACACCGUCAUGCCUACAACAAGUAUAAGUAGGUAUUAAAAACCCAGGAGAGAACUUACUUUAAGUUAACACUUUUUUAAUUGUGUUUAAACAUCUUAAAAGGGAGCCGUACAUCUGAUUGGAGCAGUUUGUGGUUUAAAGGAGCAGUGUGACAUUAUGGGAAAUCUGCCUGUUCACUUUGUUUCAGAGUUAGAUGAGAAGAUGAGAUGUUAGAUAUGGAGCUCGAGCAAACUUAUCUUAGCAUAAGGAUGGACAACUGUCAUGGUUAUUCUACAAUAGGUUUCAAAUGCUUUUAGUCGUGCAUUUUGUCUUUUUAAAAGAAAGCUAACGACUUAAAUCAUUUGGUGUAUUUGAAACAACUCCAUUUUUACCACAAAGAACAAACAAAUACAAUCAUCUUAGUUCAGAGUGUAACACUGACAGGAACAAACUCCUGUUUUGGAUGAACCAAUGUAGCUUUAUACGUUUAUAGAGGCCAUGCUAGCUGUUUCCUAUCUUAAUGCUAAGCUAAGCUAACUAGCUGCGUACAGAAUUGAGAGUUACAUCCAUCUUCUCAUCUCUCUUUCAAACGUUUCCCCCCCCCCCCGAAUAUCAGAAGAGUUUCCCUUUAUUCAUUUUUACCGUGGAUCAUGUGCAGGACCACAUCCAGAGGGGGGGGUGUAAGGGAUAUACAGUCAGUCCGAGGGGAUCAGUGGGCGAUGUUUUAGCCAGUAAUAAGCCCGGGUAUCUUUGUCAGUUGUGUUAGCCUAUCAGGAAAGAGACGGCCUCCCUGCGUGUUUGAACGUAUCUACGAUUAUCUACUAUAGCUCGCAUACUAGUACGUAUGAACUUGGCAUAAAAAUCAUGACGCCCCGGUGUUUAGCUUGUAACAAUUGAUCAAAAAUCAUGAACAACGGUAGUUUCACUGGUGCAAUUUUACUCUUUAGCCCUAAUGCAUGGCCCACAUUACACACACAGACACACACAGACACACACACACUUGCCUAACGAUUGGUGCUGAGGAUACAGUGUAUGUGAUAUCUUAAUAACUUUGUACAUUUCUAUGGUUCUGAGAUUUGGGGGUUGGUAAGCUGGUGCUAUGAAGCUACACCUUGAAAUUCACUGUGUUCAAAAAAUUGCAAGGGGAAAAAUGAUACCACAAAUAUUUUUCUGAGCUCUUCAAAUGUCAGGAGAAGUAUACUUUUGAUUCAAGCAGUUUCACAUGAGGGGAAGCUGCCCCGGUGCUGACUUUGUGAAAAGUCUUUUGUUACGAUGCUACAAAUGUACAUCUCUUUGUGAGGCCAGGGGGGGGCGCUCAAACAGCUCAUAUUCUCUGAUUAAUAUUCAUUGCAUAUUGUACUUGAAGUCAUUAAAACUAGGGUAAGAUUUAGAAUCAUAAUGAAGACUGUUAUCCGGGCUUGGUGCAGCGCAAGAACCAAAGGCUCUUGAAAUGUUGUACUAACUGAAGAUGUUUUGAUCAAAACAAGAACCUCCCUUCCUCUCCCUGUUCAUGCACUUCCUCUACUCACCCCCUCUUUUUAUUCCUCACACCUUGUAUAUUUUGUCUCACACAUUCACACACACACACACACACACACACACAGAUUUACAUCUCACUGUGUAUGGCCCACUUUUAAAGGACACGUAAUUUAAUUGUUGAACUCUCUGAAUUUUGAGACUUGGACUCUGGCCCCGUACGAUAAAAAAAGAUGAACCUACACAACGGCAGCUACAUUCCUUUCUGAGUUUUAGGAUUGUUCUUGGUUCUUUAUUUUUCAUGUCAAGGAUGCAGUAUGUAAAAAAAAAAAGUGUUUUUGUUCAGUCUCUCUCUCUUUGUAGCUGUAUGGUGUAUUAUGUGAAUACAUAGUGUAUGUGGUAAAAACCCCACAAUAUUGUUUCAUGUUGCGCGAUAAAUAAAAACAUUGAAGUGAAAA